AAGACAUGCAUUUUCAGCGCUCAAGUACCUGAAUUGCAUUUCGCUACUGAAAGCAUAACUAACAAACACAACUCCCUCAUUUCACAAAUCCAAGUUAAAAAGUGAACAAAUUCACAAUCAAAUUCACCAAUCGGAGAGACCGAGUGAGCCAGAUCUCGGAGUAACCCCUUCUCUCCUGGUUUCAGAGAGGGGAAAGGGGAGAAGAGAAUCACAAAUCUUCGAUUCGCCAUCGACAAAAAUGUCACGAAUCUUCGAGUACUUCGUGGUGUGCGGGAUCGGACCGGAGAUUCGAACCGUUGACGGAAACAAAGGCUACCAUGGAACUGUUUGUAUGUAUCUUCCUUCUCUUCUCGACCAGUAUCCUCCUCCCAAUCACUCUCUCUACCCUCCUCCACCUCCUCAGCUUUCUACAUGUGUUCUUCCGGCUGGUGUUGAGUUCUAUUCGUCAGGAUAUGAUUCGAAUGUUCCUUCCACGUUUCCGCGGAGCUAUCCGAUUGUUUUGACGGAGGGUGAUGGUUCAAAAAUCUAUGUUAGCUGUAUUUCUUUCCGGGAUCCAGUUUGUGAGGAUAUUGCACAAGCCUACCGGAUACAGGCAAAUUCAUAUGCUGACAAAUGCAUCUGUCUAGUUUCACGCUUGCCAAGUUUUCGUGUACUUAGGAGUGCUCUAGAGGAACUAUUUGCACUGUGUUUUUCCCCAAAUGGAAGUAGCAAGCCACUAUGGGAUGUUAUAGCACACAUGGUGUCCAGUGUGCCUUUGCCAACUCCUGGUAAGGAGCGAGUUCUGUUUGCUAUCGACAGUUGUCUUCUUUCUGUAGAGGCUCCACCAAACGAUGGGCUUCCCCAUGUUGAUAUAUCAUUUCAGCCUCUGGUGCAGUGCCUGGAUGUUGACAACUUAAUGAGACUUUUUACUGCAGUGUUGCUUGAGAGGAGGAUUUUACUUCGAGCUAACAAAUAUUCACUUCUAACUCUUGUAUCGGAGGCCAUUUGUCACUUAAUCUACCCAUUUCGAUGGCAGCAUGUGUACAUUCCGUUGCUGUUUUUCAGUGGAGUAGAUUAUAUUGAUGCUCCCACACCAUAUAUGAUGGGGCUCUAUUCGGGUGUUGAUACCUCUGCUCUGGCAAUGGAUGGUGUAGUUGUUGUGGACCUUGACUAUAAUCGUAUCAGUACAUCAGAGGAAAUUCCACCUAUUCCUGAGCCAGAAUUCAGCUUUUUACGUGGUGAGAUAAUGAAGUUAUUAUAUCCCAAUGUAAUUGGAAUUGAUGAGGUGAAGGCUGGAAUAAGCAGUGUAUCUGAGCAUUAUCCUAAAUCUGGGGCUAAGCAAUGGGGAGAGGAUCAUGAUCUUCAGCUAAGGAUGAUAUUCCUAAAGUUCUUUGCAACACUUUUAAGUGGCUAUCGCAAUUUCCUAGAAAAUAGUGAUACUCAUGUCUUCAACACUCAGGCAUUUUUGAAGAAGCGGUCUCGAUCUACUAGCCAACCACCAGAGCCCAUGAUAGCUCAGUUCCUUGACUCUCAUGGUUUCUUGGAUUAUUUGGAGAGAGGGGUAGGUUCUGAUGAAAACAACAAUAAUCUGCUUGAUAAGCUACAAGAUUCAAUUGGAAGAGGUCAAAACCCUAUGUCGAUUCUUCCUUCAUCCUUGGAAGAGCCUGAGAUUUUAACAGUAUCAGAUUCUGAUGUUGGAAUAUCAGGAUCUGGUGGCAAAUACACUUAUGAUAGAUUUCCCUCAAACAUCAGAACAGAAGAGCAAGAAGAAAAGAGGAAGCAGAUUCUUGCAGCAGUUAGUAAUGCCUUUGAGUACUCAGGAAGGCAUCCUCCAAGUAAGGAUCCUUUAGCAGCAGAUACUCUCAGUCCACUUGAGAGAGCUGCUGAAAGGGACCUCAUGGUGCUGGAUAUAAAGGUUAAGCUGCAGGGUUUAUGGCUGCGGCUUCUUAAACUGGGAGCAACAGAUGAUCCUCUCUCAUCCUUUGAAUAUGGAACAAUACUUGCUUUGAUUGAAUCCGAUGCAGAGGGGAUUGGCGGCAGUGGAUUUGUUGAAUGUAUAAGGGAGCAUAUACAUUCAGAUUGGCACUGUCAGCUCACUGAAGAACAGUUUAUUGCUGUGAAAGAACUGCUCAAAAUAGCUAUUAAUCGUGCAACGUCACGGAAUGACUUGUUGACCAUUAGAGAUGCUCUUGAAGUUUCUUCUGAUUUGUAUAAGAAAGACAAUAAUAAUGUGCCGGACUAUGUUCAACGCCAUCUUAUUUCUUUAUCUAUUUGGGAGGAGUUACGGUUUUGGGAAGGAUAUUUUGACUAUUUAAUGGAACAAUCUUCAAAUAAGUCAGCCAACUAUGCAUCUCUGGUGACAGCACAGCUUGUUGUGUUGGCAUCACACAUGGCUGGGCUGGGGCUUCCUGAUAAUGAUGCUUGGUACAUGAUCGAAACAAUCGCAGAGAGGAACAGCGUUGGAUCCAAGCAAUUUAUAAAAAUCAGAGGGUUCUUGUCUCAUAUCCAGCAACUACGAAAUGGAUAUUGGGGAGUCACCUCAAUGAAGGCACAGUCUGUGUCAUCACUUGCAUUACCAUCCCCACAUCCAAAAGAUGCAAAAGAUGAGGACCAGCAACCCACUGAGGCAACUGGUGUUGGUAGAAGCUGGGUGCAGAGUAUGUUCAGCCGAAAUACAACAUCUAGAUCGAGCUCAUUUGGUCGCGUUCGUAGAUGGACAUCUGAUGGAGGCAAUUCAGCUACAAAUGAGAAUGGGACUCCUCGCAAACAAGAUCUAUCAACUGGUGGGCAGAAGAAGCUUCAAACGAAUGUUCGGAUACUUAGGGGUCAUAAUGGUGCCAUUACUGCUCUCCAUUGUGUUACAAAGAGAGAGGUGUGGGAUUUGGUAGGUGACCGCGAAGAUGCUGGUUUCUUUAUUAGUGGAAGCACAGACUGCUCCGUUAAGAUCUGGGAUCCUAGUCUUCGUGGUUCUGAACUCAGGGCAACUUUAAAAGGGCAUACUAGAACUGUUCGUGCCAUAAGUUCAGAUAGGGGGAAGGUGGUGUCAGGAUCUGAUGAUCAAUCUGUUUUGGUGUGGGAUAAGCAAACAACUCAACUUCUCGAAGAGCUUAAAGGCCAUGAUGGACCGGUCAGCUGUGUGCGCAUGCUCUCAGGUGAACGUGUGCUAACUGCAUCCCAUGAUGGCACUGUGAAGAUGUGGGAUGUUAGAACUGAUAGAUGUGUUGCAACUGUUGGUCGUAGCUCUAGUGCUGUUUUAUGCAUGGAAUAUGAUGAUAAUGUGGGACUCUUGGCUGCUGCUGGAAGAGACGUGGUUGCUAACAUCUGGGACAUCCGCGCUAGUAGGCAGAUGCAUAAACUUUCAGGACAUACACAAUGGAUACGGUCCAUAAGAAUGGUUGGUGAAACUGUGAUUACUGGUAGUGAUGAUUGGACGGCAAGAAUAUGGUCUCUUUCGAAAGGACAUUGUGAGGCUGUCCUAGCAUGCCAUGCAGGGCCAAUAUUAUGUGUUGAAUAUUCUUCUUUAGACAGAGGAAUAAUAACAGGGUCAACCGAUGGCCUGCUUCGGUUUUGGGAAAAUGAUGAGGGAGGAGGUAUAAGGUGUGCAAAAAAUGUAACAAUUCACAAUGCUGCCAUAUUAUCUAUCAAUGCUGGGGAGCACUGGUUAGGUAUUGGAGCAGCUGAUAAUUCUUUGUCUCUCUUUCAUCGGCCCCAAGAGAGACUUGGUAGUUUUUCUGGCACUGGGUCCAAGAUGGCUGGUUGGCAGCUUUACAGAACACCACAAAAAACAGUCGCCAUGGUAAGAUGUAUUGCUUCAGACCUGGAGAGGAAAAGGAUAUGCAGCGGUGGUCGUAAUGGGCUUCUAAGGCUGUGGGAUGCAACCAUUAAUAUUUGAGCUUGAUUGAUAUACGCGUAUUCGCGUUUGUAAUAAUAUUAUAGGUAAAAAACAAGGCACUUAAUGGAGGGGGUUCUCUCCAAUAUUUUUGUUUCUUUACCAUGAGUGUAUCAUGAGCAAAAUACCUGAUGAGUCCGAGUUGGGAACCCAAGUUUGGCUGUGAUAAUCUCUUCUGCAAACACUUUUAUUAUAUUGUGGUUAGAGGUUGAUGUAUCCUGAAUGUACACACUGCGACAAUGAACAGAACUUAGUGUAGAUAAAUUUAGUUAUAUUGUCUAGAAUUAAUAUCUCAAUUAGAUUUUGCCAUGAACUUUAUGUUUACUUCCACAUCUAGGUUCUUGGAAAUUGGAAUGGUUGAUAAAUAGGGAACAAAUCAUUGAUGAAACGCACCGAAG